AUGGAAAAACGUAAAUUGGUGGCAGCAAUUGCUGAUGAAGAUACCGUGACGGGUUUACUUCUAGCUGGAAUUGGCCAAAUCUCCAACGAACCAGGCAAAGAAUCCAAUUUCUUAACUGUUAUACCAGGAAAAACUACGGUUGAACAAAUUGAAGAAGCUUUCACCACUUUCACUUCAACUAGAGAUGAUAUUGCUAUUUUGUUGAUAAACCAACAUUUGGCCGAUUUAAUUAGAUUUAAAGUUGACAGUUUCUCAAAUGCCUUUCCUGCUAUUUUAGAAAUCCCAUCCAAAGAUCAUCCGUAUGAUCCUGAAAAGGAUUCUAUUUUGAAAAAGGUAAGAAAAUUGUUUGGAGAAUAG